GGCAGUCCCCUAACAAUUUUCAAAACUAAUGACUAAGAGAUGGGUGGCUGGAGCUGAGGUCCCUGAGUCAGGCUGUGGGUGGGAUCAUCUCCAGUACGGGAAGUGAGACUUCUCAUUUCCUCCUUUCCAAGAGAGGGCUGAGCCAGUAGGGUUGAGCAACUGGUACUGACAGCCGAGCUGUACUCUGGGUGAGGCAGUUCAGCCAUGAGGCUGGCUGUGCUUUUGUUGGGGGCCUUGCUGGGGCUACUGGCAGCCCAGGGGACAGGGAAUGACUGUCCUCACAAAAAAUCGGCCACUCUGCUGCCGUCCUUCACGGUGACACCAACGGCUACAGAAAGCACUGGAACAACGAGCCACAGGACUACCAAGAGCCACAAAACUACCACUCACAGGACAACCACCAUAGGCACCACCAGCCAUGGACCCAUAACUGCUACUCACAACCCCACCACCACCAGCCACGGAAACGUCACAGUUCAUCCAACAAGCAACAGCACUGCCACUCACAGUCCUGCCACCACCAGUCAUGGAAAUGCCACGGUUCAUCCGAGCAACAGCACUACCACCAGCCCAGGAUUCACCAGUUCUGCCCAUCCAGGACCACCUCCGCCCUCUCCGAGUCCUAGCCCAGCGUCCAGGGAGACCAUUGGAGACUACAUGUGGACUAAUGGCUCACAGCCCUGUGUCCACCUCCAAGCCCAGAUUCAGAUUCGAGUCAUGUACACAACCCAGGGUGGAGGACAGGCCUGGGGCAUCUCUGUACUGAACCCCAAUAAAACCAAAGCUGAGGGGAGCUGUGAGGAUGCCCAUCCCCACCUGCUUCUCUCAUUCCCCUAUGGACAGCUCAGCUUUGGAUUCAUGCAGGACCUCCAGCAGAGGGCUGUCUACCUGAGCUAUAUGGCAAUGGAGUACAAUGUGACCUUCCCCCAGGCAGCAGAGUGGACGUUCUCGGCUCAGAAUGCAUCCCUUCGAGAUCUCCAAGCACCUCUGGGCCAGAGCUUCAGUUGCAGAAACUCGAGCAUCGUUCUUUCACCAGCUGUUCACCUCGACCUGCUCUCCCUGAGGGUCCAGGCUGCUCAGCUGCCCCAUACAGGGGUCUUUGGGCCAAGUUUCUCCUGCCCCAGUGACCGGCCCAUCUUGCUGCCUCUCAUCAUUGGCCUGAUCCUUCUUGGCCUCCUCACCCUGGUGCUUAUUGCCUUCUGCAUCGCCCGGAGACGCCCAUCUGCCUACCAGCCCCUCUGAGCAUUUGCUCCAAACCCCAGGGUACUAGGGGGACUGGGAUGAGGUGUGGUGGGGUACCCUCAUUUCCUUGACAUGCAACUGGCUCAAAGACAAAGUUAUUUUACUUCCCUGUCUUUCUUGAAGAACAAAAAUAGAGUUGGGUACAAUAGCUCACGCCUAUAAUCCCAGCACUUUUGGAAGCUGAGGCAUGUAAUUCACUUGAGAAGUUUGAGACCAUCCUGGCCAACAUGGUGAAACCCCGUCUCUACUAAAAUACAAAAAAGCUAGCCAGGCAUGGUGGUGCGCGCUUGUAGUCCCAGCUACAGUGGAGGCUGAGGCAGGUGAAUCGCUUGAAACCAGGAGGCAGAGGUUACAGUGAGCCAAGAUCGUGCCACUGCACUCCAGCCAGCCUGGCGACAGAGUGAGACUCCGUCUCAAGAGGAGGAAAAAAAAAAGAACCAAAAAUAGAGAUAAUUGAGUCGGGAGGAAGGAGGGAGUGAAUUUUAGUAAACGUGACAAACUGCCCCCGCAGCAGGAGACCAGCAAAACUUAUGCAAAUCUUUGACUUGGGUUUUCCUUGUCCUGCCAGGAUUAAAAGCCAUGAGUUUCUUGUCA